GGGAGGAGGAGGAGGAGAAGCAUUGACUGGAAGGCGGCGUACACAUGGAGGAGAAGAAGACGACCGUUUCCUGUGCUCAGUGUGCACGGCGGAGACGCCGGACUGUGCGUUUGGAUUGUUAGGUCGUCUGCAGCUCCACGGUCGGAGGACGCACAGGCAGAGGGAUAAAGGCUCUGUGUGCAGAGGAUGAACACACGAUGUGGGCUCUCUGGCUGUGAUCGCCGUCCUCACACCCUGUAGCCACUUGCACUGGUGCUGUUGCCAUUAGCCCUCGCAGUUAGGCAGCAGUGACUGACAACAGGAUGAGCUCCAAGCACUCCUCAGACUGGAUCCCCUACAGCACUUUAGAUGACGAGGGCACCAACCUCCGGCAGCAGAAACUGGACAGACAGCGAGCGCUCCUGGAACAGAAGCAGAAGAAGAAGCGUCAGGAGCCCCUGAUGGUGCAGUCGACCGUGGACGGCCGAUCCCGCGCUCGCCGCACCAAGCAGAGCGAGGAGCAGGCGCCGCUGGUGGAGUCGUACCUGAGCAGCAACAGCAGCACCAUCUACCACGUGCAAGAAGCCGAACAGGAGGAGGUGAAGGUGACGGCGGACGCGCAGCCGCCUCGCUCGGCCAAGAAGGGCAAAGCGUCGGCCAGCUCCACUCCGCAGACGGGCAGCGACAAGAAGGAGAGGAGGGGGAAGCACAAAGCGAUCGACGGCCUGGGCUCCCAGUCGGAUGACGGUCAGAUCCAGAUCCUGACCGUGGGUCAUUCCACGGCGGACGACAGCGAGGGGGAGCCCGUCAUGAGCUGCACCCAGUCGCACAGCAAACAGGACCUGCGCGUCACCAUGCUCAAGAAAGGUAUAUCCAGCAGUAUGAAUUUUGACGAAGAAGAGGACGACGAAGACGAGAUCAGCUCCAGUUCCUCGCAGCUCAACAGCAACACGAGGCCGGGCUCUGCCACCAGCAAGAAGUCGUGCAAGGAGGUGGCCUCAGCACCCACCCCGCCGGUCAACGAACCGUCCAUCGACGUGGACGACCUUGAAGAGUUUUCCCUGAGACCCGCGCCGCAGGGGGUCCGAGUGAAGUGCAGAAUCACCCGGGACAAGAAGGGCAUGGACAGAGGCAUGUAUCCCACCUACUACCUUCACCUGGAGAGGGAGGACGGCAAGAAGGUGUUUUUGUUAGCUGGCAGGAAGAGGAAAAAGAGUAAGACAUCUAAUUAUCUCAUAUCCAUUGAUCCCACUGAUUUGUCCAGAGGAGGCGAGAGUUUCAUUGGUAAACUGAGGUCUAACCUGAUGGGAACCAAGUUUACCGUCUAUGACAGCGGCCUGAACCCCAUGAAGAGCACCACCAGUCUUGAAGCGAGCAAUCUGCGCCAAGAACUCGCCGCCAUUUGCUACGAAACCAACGUCUUAGGAUGCAAAAUGAGCGUACCUGGCAGAGAUAUGAUCAGACGUCGUGACGACUUGAUCCAUGAGGGUGAUCGACACAGGUGGCAGAACAAAAACACGGAGAGCGUGAUCGAACUCCACAACAAGACGCCCGUGUGGAACGACGACACGCAAUCCUACGUCCUCAACUUCCACGGCAGAGUCACGCAGGCGUCCGUCAAGAAUUUCCAAAUCAUCCACGAUAAUGACCCCGACUAUAUUGUGAUGCAGUUCGGUCGUGUGGCGGAAGACGUCUUCACCAUGGACUAUAACUACCCCAUGUGCGCCCUGCAAGCCUUUGCCAUCGCCCUCUCGAGCUUCGACAGCAAGUUGGCCUGCGAAUAGAUCCCCAGCCUGAGAUUGAGAACCGCGCGUUCGCCUGUCCUCAAAACAAGGGCUGUUACCGUUUCCCCCGGGAUGGGACGAGAUCCCAGAGAUCUUCAAACCCCCUUUCUCCUUGGAAGCACUGCAUUUCCCAAAAUGCUUCACGGGCCUCAAAUUUUACAUGUAUGUGUGUGUGUGUGUGUGUAUGUGUGUGUGUGUGUGUGUGUGUGUUUGGGGGCGGGACUUCAAAAUGGUCAGCGGAAGCAAAGAAGCACAAAGAGAAAAAAAGGAAAAUCCACUUCCAAGAAUUCUAAUCCAUUGGUUUUGGUAACUCUCGUCCUUUUGUACUGUAACGGCAUUAACAGUCAGACACUGUUCAUUCAUGUAGUAGUGGGAGGAGUUUAACCUUUCUUUAUCUGUAUAAUACUAUAACUAACAGCUCCACGUCUGUGAGUUUUGAAGGUGACUGGAUUUUAUAUAGCCUGCCACGCGAAAAGAAAACACACUUCCUACAAGCAUGAACACUUAUACAGUUACCUGUGUGGUAAAAAAACAACAAAAAGAUAAUAACAUGCAUGUUACGCGAUAUUUAUUUUGUUAUUUAUGUAUUUAUUACAUGUUUAUUUAGCAUCCGUCAGUAUUGGCUCUGCCGAGCUGCAAGCACACACACACACACACACACACACACAGUGUCAGUCAUGGACUUUGGAUAUGAAACCGGGGGGGUCGGAGGUCGCACUGUGUUGUGUGCCGUAUAUAUACGAUAUCGUGCCAGUGUCAUGUUAUAGUGAAUGUAUCGGACGACGGCGCACUUUACUUUGAAGCCUGUCGUGGGAGAGAUAAUCACAGCUGUACAUACAUUAUUGUGCCUUUGAAGACUAACUCCAGUGUUACGCUGUGGCAGGAAAAGGAAGUGCACACGUGUUCUCUUGUAGCUGCUUUGAAUGAAAAAGGGUCAAAGGUGACUGGGGGGACCCUAACCCGCGGAGGCGGACUGAGGCCGACGGGGUCGCAGACAUUACCGAGACGAAGAAUCAUUCACAGAAAACAACAACAACAACGACUUCCACACUGAUUGACUUACAGUGUGAAUCUGCCACAGCGAACACACACAUUUCAUCUCUGAUUAUUUCUGCAUUCCUCAUCUGUUUCCUCCAUCACUUGUUUUAUCGCUGUUCCUAUUUUUACUUCAUAUAUUAUUCCCGUUCACAAAUAUACUAUGAUAUUUUGUAUUUUAUGACCAUUUAAAAAAACAACAACAACAACAACAACAAACAAAACUACUGAAAGAAGGCAAAGAACAAUCUCUGAUACCGCUAUUGUUACUGUGGUUUACGAGGAAAUCUUUAUCAGAAAUGUGCUAUUCUUGUACUCAGCUGUGUUCUAUUAUUAACUAUUUUAAAUUUCUAUUUGGAAAAAAAACAAAACAAACGUUAAUACUCUUGCUGUAAAGUCUGCUUUUCAUACAUGUGUCCAGGAGCCAGAACCUUCUUUCAUUUUCUGUUUCUAUUGCUCUCGUUGUUAUGUACAUUUAAUGGUGUACAAUUUACUGUGGUGGUAUAGACACAAUCCUUUGACCAUGGGAAAAAAAAUAAAAACUCUCUAAGUCAA